AAAGAGAAUCCGAUCAAACAGAGCCCCUCUAACUAAAUUUAUCAAACAAUGGAGCAAAUUACAAAGGGAAAGAGGUUGAUCUUGUUCCCACUUCCCCUUGAAGGCCAUAUAAACCCCAUGCUACAGCUGGCUAAUCUUCUACACUCCAAAGGCUUCUCCAUAACCAUCAUCCACACCCAGUUCAACUCCCCAAACCCUUCAAUCCAUCCACACUUCACCUUUCGCUCAAUCCCAGAUGGGUUGUCUGAAACUGAGGCUUCCCCCAAAGAUAUCAUCCUUCUCUUCUCUCUUUUCAAUACUGAAUGUGUUGAACCCUUCAAGUUAUGCUUGUCUAGCUUGUUAUCAGAGGAGCCUGUUGCUUGUUUGAUCUCUGACUCUAUAUUCCAUUUCACUCAAUCUGUUGCUGAGAGCUUUAAGCUCCCAAGGAUUGUCUUUGAGACCGGGGGUAUGACUUCUUAUGCUGUUUUUACUCAGUUUCCACUAUUAAGAGAAAAGGGCUACCUUCCGGUCAUGCAAGAUUCCCAACUAGAAAGGGUGGUGACGGAGCUUCCACCUCUCAGAAUCAAAGACCUUCCGGUGAUCCCAAAAGGCGACCCGGAGAAAUAUUUUGAACUAUGUGUAGUUAUUAUGACCAAAAUUGCAGCCUCUGAUGGAGUCAUUUUUAACACUUUUAGAGACCUGGAAGAGCAAGGACUGGUAACAUUGCACAAACAAUACCCUAAUCUUCUAGUUUUCCCAAUAGGCCCCUUUCACAAGUGUGUCCCUGAGGAAGCCUCUUCUUCAAUUAGUGACCAAAGUUGCAUUUCUUGGCUGAACACCCGAGCACCAAAGUCUGUUAUCUAUGUCAGCUUUGGGACCAUUGCAGCAAUAACCGAAGCUCAGUUUUUGGAGAUAGCUUGGGGACUAGCCAAUAGCAACCAACCUUUCUUGUGGGUGGUUCGACUUGGAUUAGUCCACGGGUCGGAUUGGCUCGAACAAUUGCCUAGUGGGUUUCUUGAGAAUUUGAAUGGGAGGGGUCACAUUGUGAAAUGGGCACCCCAAAAAGAAGUGUUAGCACAUCCAUCAAUUGGAGCUUUUUGGACUCACAAUGGUUGGAAUUCCACAUUGGAGAGUGUGUGUGAAGGUGUCCCUAUGAUUUGUAUGCCUUGUUUCAGUGAUCAACUGGUGCUUGCAAGGUACGUAAGUAAGGUUUGGAAAAUUGGGUUGCAGUUUGAGAAUGGAACUGAGAGAGGUGAAAUUGAAGAAACAAUUAGAAAACUAAUGGAGGAGAAAGAAGGAGAAGACAUCAGAGACAGAAGUCUGAAGCUAAUGGAGAAGGCAAAUGUUUCCUUCAAACCAGGUGGAUCUUCAUACCAAUGCUUGGAUGGCUUGGUCAAACAUAUUUUAUCAUUUGAAUAAUUUGUUCUCCAAAAUUUGCUUAGAUAUAGCAAGUCCCAAGCUGGUUUCAGUAAGAUUUUUUGGCUACCGCCAAAAAAAAUGCAGCAACAAAUCAGGACAUUCUCAUUUAUA